UUCUCAGGCUGCAAAGUCGCACGCUGGGUCGAGAUAAGCGACUACAACAUAGCUUGCAAGCUAUGAGUGCAUCUGCUGCGAAAAAAAUAUUUCGAAAGGGCAAAAAGCCAGAGCAAGGUGGUCCACCCCAUAAACGGCGGAAGCUCGACCGAUCACAGCUGAGCUCCGGAUCUCCAGGCGCGGCCCUCGUGUCCUCACAAGACACGUCUACUUCCGCUUUUCCAAGAGGAAAUUCAACUACAGUUAUCGAUCCUGAACUAGCUGUCGACUUCACCACCUCAGAAACUAAAAAUGGCGAGUCCCUUGCGACGCUCCGCAAGAUGAUUUUCGGACGACUAGAGUAUACGUCUGCCCAGAAGGAUCCAGGAAAAUACCUCGCAAUCGAUUGCGAGAUGGUGGGCGUAGGCAUCGACGGCGAGGAGUCGUCGCUUGCGCGCGUUAGCAUUGUGAAUUAUUGGGGCACAGUGCAGCUAGAUGAGUUCGUAAAGCAGAAGGAACGUGUUGCAGAUUAUCGGACUAAGUGGAGUGGCAUACGCCCUUCGGAUAUGGUCAAAGCUAAGCAAUUCGAGGAGGUGCAGAAAACAGUCGCGGCUUUGACCAAAGAUCGCAUCAUAGUGGGACAUGCCGUGCAUAACGAUCUCAAGGUUCUAUUACUAUCGCACCCAGGUGCAUACAUACGGGACACGCAACGCUUGGCGGCAAAACACAACGUAAUCAAUAGUAAACGCCCUGCUCUUCGCAACCUUGUAAAACAAGAACUUGAUGUUGUUAUCCAGGGAGGGGAGCACUCCAGUGUCACAGACGCUAGGGCAACGAUGGCUGUGUUCCGGCUACACCGAAAAGAGUGGGAAAAGGGAUUCAAACCGUUGCCCGCACCUAGAGCUGGUGCAUCAAAGAAACGGAAAUUUGAUGAGAGUAGCGAACCAGCUGAACCUACCCCACCAGGUAGAGGGAGGAAGGGCGUCAGUUCUGGACUUUCUACAAUAGUGAAACGGACACCGCAGACGAGAUCCAAAUCUACAGUAAAGACUGCUAGCAAUAAUUGGUGGACCACCCUGGGUGCCAGCGGCAUCGCAGGGAAGGGUUCCAUGAAGCUGUAGCAUUAUCAUUUUUCGUCUUAUUAUCUACCACAGGUUUCCCGCUAUCGAAUACCGGUGGUUCACUGCUUUCAAUUGACCAGCAGUUUUUUAGACGGAUUUGGCCGUGGCAGCUGGUGCUGCGCCCUGUACUCGUCUCCCCAAGUUGUGAGUGCCGAGAACUGCAUGAAUGAGAAAAAGCGCGCCGAAAGCUG